AUGGAUAUUGGAAAUGGGCGAAUGCUAAUUGAUGAAUAUACGCAAUGUAUGACCUUUUCAGAAAACUUCUGUAACAUCACAGGAAGUAUAGACGUAUUGGUGCAAAAAGUUUUCCCAAAAAUUGCACAGUACUACAAAAAUCAUCAGUGCCUUAGUACGCAUGCAAUAUUAGCGGCCAGGAACAAUGAUGUCAAUACCAUCAACUUCACUAUUCAGAAUGGAAUACCCGGCGAAACGACAACAUAUAAGUCCAUCGAUACUGUGGUGAAUCAAGACGAAGUUGUCAACUAUCUAACUGAAUUCUUGAAUUCGCUUGAUUUGCCAGGCAUGCCACUGCACGUUUUUAUAUUGAAAAUUGCCGUACUCAUCAUUCUUCUUCGAAACAUAAAUUCACCGCGACUUUGUAACGGAACCAGACUCUCAGUCCAGAAAAUGAUGAACAAUGUUAUCGAGGCAACAAUUUUAUUUGGAAAAUUCAAAGGUAAAGACGUACUGUUGCCACGUAUUCCAAUCAUACCGACAGAUAUGCCAUUCGAAUUCAAUUGCUUGCAGUUCCCGUUGAGACUCGCUUUCGCAAUAACUAUCAACAAAGCACAAGGGCAAUCGUUGCAAGUGUGUGGAUUACAUUUGGAGAAUCCUUGCUUCUCAUAUGGGCAGCUCUAUGUGGCCUUUUCAUGCGUCGGAAAUCCUUCUGAUUUAUUCAUUUACGCACCAGAUGGAAAAACAAGAAAUAUUGUGUAUCCCAUAGCACUUCAAUAA